AGCGGACUACACAGACUGGACUGAGGUUUUAAAAAUGAGCUCAUGAGACUUUUGGUUGCGGAUUCGCGGUUUCGUUACGGCCUCGAGUCCGUUAUUUUUCUGUCAGAGACGAGCACGCGCUGGUCCGGUAGAGGUCGGUGAGAAGUCGACCACUGACACUUUUGAUUCAUGGACUCAACACGGACUUUAGCUAAAAGCAUUUCUGUCAAGAGGCUGGUUCAAGGUUGACUUCAUUCAUAGAAUAUCCAGAUUUAGGGAACAUGAAGUUGUCUUUGGACAGUAUGGGCAUCCUGAAGAUUGUGCUCUUCAUCUUUGAGGCCAUUUUACUGACCGACUGCGCAAGAGGACCUCCAAGGGUGUCUGAGAAGGUAGCUCACAGACAGUCGGCCCGGCUCGGGAGUGCCAUUAAGCUGCCGUGUCCAGUGGAAGGAGACCCUCCGCCCCUCAUAAUGUGGACCAAAGACGGGCGCAACAUCCACAGCGGCUGGAUCCGUUUCCGUAUCCUUCGCAUGGGCCUGAAGAUCAAGGAGGUGGAGGCAGAUGACACAGGGACAUAUAUCUGCAAAGCCACCAAUGGCUUUGGUAGUGUCAACGUCAACUAUACCCUUAUCGUCAUCGAUGACUCAGGUUCUGAUAAAACUGGACCCAGGGCGGCUGAUGGAACAGACUCUGACCUGGGCACCGAUGGCUUGUCAGAAAAAUUUGUGCGUCCCCGCUUCACGCAGCCCGCUAAGAUGAGAAAAAGGGUGAUAGCGCGUCCCGUCGGCAGCUCAGUGCGGCUCAAAUGCAUGGCCAGUGGAAAUCCUCGGCCGGACAUCGUGUGGCUGAAGGACGACAGGCCGCUGACGGAGCAGGAGGUCGGCGAGGGCCGUCAGAAGAAGUGGACUCUAAGUCUGAGGAACCUGACUCCAGAUCAGAGCGGCAGAUACACCUGCAGGGUCUCCAAUCGGGCGGGGGAAAUAAACGCCACUUAUAAAGUUGAGGUCAUACAGAGGACAAACUCCAAGCCUAUUUUGACGGGCACUCACCCGGUCAACACGACGGUGGACUACGGAGGCACCACGUCGUUCCAGUGCAAAGUGAGGAGUGACGUCAAGCCGGUCAUCCAGUGGCUCAAACGCGUGGAGUCGAACGAGGAAAGCCGCUACAACUCCACCAUCGAGGUGGGAGACCACCGAUUCGUGGUGUUGCCCACGGGGGAGGUGUGGUCACGGCCCGACGGCUCCUACCUCAACAAGCUGCUCAUCACCCGUGCCAAGGAGGAGGACGCCGGCAUGUACAUCUGCUUAGGCGCCAACACCAUGGGCUACAGCUUCCGCAGCGCCUUCCUCACUGUGCUGCCAGACACAAAGCCUCCCAUCACGCCCAUGUUCUCACCAGCCUCCAGCUCCCUCCCCUGGCCUGUCAUCAUUGGCAUCCCUGCUGGAAUAGUGUUCAUCUUUGGCACCGUGCUGCUGUGGUUCUGCCAGAGCAGAAAACACUGCCCCCCUCCCAGCACUCCAGCUGCAGCCGCGCAGGUACUGCAGAGCUCCCACCGGCUGCCAUAUCGAGAGCGGGACAGGGGCUACAUGGCUCCGUCCUCCAGCUCCUCCAGCCCAGAGAAAGACUGCAUGAGCUCCAUGAACUAUGAGGAGUACCUGGCACAGCAGCAGCUCCUCCUCACGCAGGGAGGACCAACAAUCCCCCCUAAAAUCUACCCCAAAAUCUACACUGACAUUCACACACACACUCACUCCCACGUGGACGGGAAAGUACAUCAGCAUCAGCACAUUCAUUUUCAGUGUUAGCCUCAGUGCCAAAUAUCCCCCACUGACUUCUCCAGUAUCAUCGCGGGACAAUGAGCUGUGGACUGAGCAGCAGCUCCUCAGCGAUAUUCACCUGGCAUUACUCUUUAAAAAAAAAAAAACUCUUCUCGUAGCUGGAGAUUGCUGUUAAGGGCGUGCACGUGGGAAAAAAAUAGUGGCCAGUGAUACACACCUCGUGUUUUUACAUCCAAACUUCCAUAUUUGGUGCUUAUUAUACAUAUUUGAUUUUUUUUUAACUGUCAGAUCCUCCUCACACCACUAAAAUCCACAAAUCCUUGUUGUGCACUUAAUACAAAAAGGACAAGGACUUUUUUUUUUGUGCAGCGUGUGAGUUUAAUCGCAGCUAUUCAGGCCAGCUGAAAGGUCUUCCUCAGCAGUUGAAUUUUGCAUUUUCCUACCUGAAGUGUAGCAGAAAAUGGGGGUUAGGUUUUCAGCUGUUGGAGCACAGAGACUCUGUGUUCUGCCUGGUUAUGAAGACGAAAAUGGUACUCAAGAUUUACAAAGGGGCCGGUUUUAUGCUCCUACUCAGGUAGUCCUUUUGUUUGUUCAAGAUGCAAAAUGUUUGCAAUGCUGACCACUAUGUUACCUUUCUCCAUCCCUCACUUUUGUCCUCUGUUGUGAUAUAGAGUAGACUGGUAAGUUUUUAUAGCCUUUGUACAGCAUGCAAACCUUGCCUAAGACUGCAAGGGAUGGAAGAAUUGUGUUUCCACAUUAACUGAAUUGGUCUUCUUUAUCAUUUUAACUUUUUUUUUUAGGUAGGUUCCCAUCAUCAGUCAGUAGCAUGUUGAGGUAAACCAGCAGAGGACGGGUCUUUUAGACUGCCACCUUAUCCAACCACAGUUUAUGAAGCUGUAGUCAUUUAUAAUCAAGUUGAGUCAUGAAUAUUUAAUUUAUUUUGCUAAAAAAAAAAGUAUCAAAAGUUUAUUUUUCAGAGUAAGGUGUUUUACAUAUCUACGUAAUGUUAUUAAAGUAUACUGUUGUUGUCAUGUAUAGUACAUUUUGAGUACUUCGCCACCCAGUUUAAUCACAUUUAGUUCAUGCCAAUAUUUAGGUAUUUCUGUAUGUAAUUGGUUAUAUUUGACAAUCCUGUAUGAUGUACUCUGUUCAAGGCUCAAAAACUAAAUCAUCUCAAGUGUGAUGGUUUGGUAGUUUUAUUAAAUGAUCGAAACAAAUUCAAUCUCCACGAAGGCUA